AGUCAACAACCAGCGAAUGUCAUAAAUCUGUGCAGCAGAGGUGCGGGAGAAAAACAAAAAACAAAAAACAACUUGAUUGUUUUAAGGCUAUAUAACUAGCGAUAUUUUUUUUUUUCUUCUUAUUAGUCGUCAUAUGUAGUUAUCGUCAUAUAUGUAACACGGUGCAAGUUAUACAAAUAAGCUAAUGUACAGGAGUAAAACUCAUUAGUUUUUCCUACCUUGUCAUGUUUAUCUUUAGGGCAGUGGUCAGUAUUUAACGCGUUAAAAAAAAACAGCCUGGUAACUUAUUGUCAUCUCAGUUUCUCUGCUUUCCUCUACCACUAGCUAGCUGUUUUUGUUCAAUAUCAGCGUUAUACACGCUCACCGUGCUUCGGAGCAAGAUAUUAACCUUUGUUUAUUAGCCUCAUUUAUCAUCCAGAUGUUGUAAAUUCACCCAGUAACUCCAGAGUAGCAGUGUUAUUGCUGAAAUACAAAAAAAAAAAUUUCGUCUUAAGUUGAGCACCAUCUUGUAUCCCACAGUAACUUCUGUAUAAGCUGUAUAAUAUCACAGUAAUUGCAAUAACCACAGUGCAGUAGUAGAAGUAGUAGUAGUGUAUUAGCCUCCAGUCAGAGCAGUAUGAGUAAGGAACUGUCUCUAAGUCAGUCAGCUCAAUAUGUUGGGCCCUACCGACUGGAAAAAACACUGGGGAAGGGACAGACAGGACUGGUCAAGCUCGGGGUCCACUGUAUUACGGGUCAGAAGGUAGCCAUCAAAAUAGUCAACAGAGAGAAGCUGUCUGAGUCAGUCCUGAUGAAGGUUGAGAGGGAGAUUGCCAUUCUGAAACUGAUUGAGCAUCCGCAUGUGUUGAAGCUGCAUGAUGUUUACGAGAAUAACAAAUAUCUGUACCUCGUAUUGGAGCAUGUGUCAGGAGGAGAGCUGUUCGACUACCUGGUGAAGAAGGGCCGGUUGACUCCGAAAGAAGCCAGGAAGUUCUUCAGGCAGAUCAUCUCUGCUUUGGAUUUCUGCCACAGUCAUUCCAUCUGUCACAGAGACCUGAAGCCCGAGAACCUGCUCCUGGAUGAAAAGAACAACAUCCGUAUCGCUGACUUUGGAAUGGCCUCCCUACAGGUGGGAGACAGUCUGUUAGAGACCAGCUGUGGAUCACCGCAUUACGCUUGCCCUGAAGUUAUACGGGGGGAGAAAUAUGAUGGGCGGAGAGCAGAUGUGUGGAGCUGUGGGGUGAUCCUCUUUGCUCUACUGGUGGGAGCCCUGCCUUUUGACCAUGACAAUUUACGCCAGCUCCUGGAGAAGGUGAAGAGUGGGGUGUUCCACAUGCCCCACUUCAUCCCCCCGGACUGCCAGUCCCUGCUCAAGGGCAUGAUUGAGGUCAACCCAGAGAAGAGGCUCACGCUAGAGGUUAUCCAGAAACACGCCUGGUAUCUGGGUGGUCGUAAUGAGCCGUGUCCUGAGCAGCCUCCUCCCAGGCGAGUGUGUGUGAGGCGAAUCUUGUCCCUGACUGAGCUGGACCCAGAUGUGUUGGACAGCAUGCACUCGCUGGGUUGUUUCCGAGACCGAGUCAAGCUUACACGUGAUUUGCAAUGUGAAGAAGAAAACCAGGAGAAGAUGAUCUAUUACCUACUGCUGGACAGGAAAGAGCGCUACCCCAGCUAUGAGGACGAGGACUUGCCUCCGCGCAAUGACGUAGCAGACCCUCCUCGAAAGCGCGUUGACUCUCCUAUGCUGACACGCCACGGCCGCUGUCGCCCCGAGAGGAAAAGCCUGGAGGUCCUGAGUGUUACUGAACAGGGGUCUCCUACCCCACCUCGCAGGGCCCUGGACACAGCUGCACACAGCCAGAGGUCUCGCUCAGUCAGUGGGGCAUCAACUGGUCUUUCCUCGAGCCCUCUCAGCAGUCCCAGGUCCUAUCAGAGCCCCGUCUUCACUUUCAGCCAAUCAGACGUCACCUCUGCCACCGCUACCCCCCUCACAAAGGAGCCCAAACAGGGAAGCACCACUACUCCUCGCUCAGCACGGGCUCAUGACAAGCCCAAAGCUCCCCCCAACCCAAAGACCCAGACCCUGCCCACCAAGGGACCUGCCGACCGACCCCAUCUGCAGCCCAUCAAAUCCCUGCCUCUGCACAACCCAUCCUCCCGCUCACCCUCUCCUUCUCCGCUCCUGUCACCCAUCCCCCGUUUCUUCUUCCCCUCGUCCUCUGUCCUAAAGUCAGUGACUAAGAGCUUCUACCCAAACUCUGCCCACUCUGUGCCACAGGUCACUCCCCAGGGCUCUCCGUUGCCCACACCCUUGGGCACCCCUGUCCACCACCCUCACCACCCCUCCUCCACCCCGCCCUCCUCUUCCUCGUCCUCGUCCUCCUCGCGGGCGGAGGGAGGGGGAGGGGUGGGCUCGCUGUCACUGACCCCGCCCUCCAGCCCAGGAGGGGGAAGCGGGAUGGCGGCCAGCAGCUCUGCCCACUGGAGGACUCGCCUCAAUUCUUUCAAGAACAACCUGCUGGGCUCACCCCGGUUCCAUCGCCGUAAACUGCAAGUUCCCACAUCAGAAGACAUGUCCAGUCUAACACCAGAAUCCAGCCCUGAGCUGGCUAAGAAGUCGUGGUUUGGGAACUUCAUCGGCUUGGAGAAGGAGGAGCAGAUCUUUGUGGUGAUCCGAGACAAACCUCUGAGUUCUGUCAAAGCUGACAUUGUCCACGCCUUCCUGUCUAUCCCGUCGCUCAGUCACAGCGUCCUCUCCCAGACCAGCUUCCGGGCCGAGUACAAAUCCUCCGGCGGCCCCUCCGUCUUCCAGAAGCCCGUCAAGUUCCAGGUGGACAUUGCCUUCUCCGAGGGCGAGAGAGAGCGGGACAGAGAGAGGACCGAGAGGGAGGGCAGGAGGGAGACAGGAAUCUACAGCGUGACAUUCACCCUCAUAUCAGGUCCGAGUCGCAGGUUCAGACGAGUGGUGGAAACGAUUCAAGCUCAGCUUCUCAGCUCCCAUGAUCAACCCAUGGUGCAAGCCCUAUCUGAUCCCUUCCCAGAUGAGAAGAACGGCCGGCCCCACGGGACCCCCACCCGCCAAAACUCGAGGCGCUCCGAGGGUGGGGGCGACAGGUGUGAGUGGGGCGACCGAGCAGAUGGUGGAGGCAUAGGAGGCAGCGGGGGAGUUCUGCAGCGCAGAGGCUCGGCAAAAGAGAGAACCCGACUGCUUUCCUCCAAUGGAACCCAAUCCCAACCGUAGGAUAGAAAGUAAGAUCACGCAGCAGGAUGCCUGGACUACCACGGAAGGAAGACAGUAUAACUUCAUCUCCAAGUAUCCCUGCAAGCCAUGAGCUACUCCUAUUCUUCCUUGAAGUUAUUGAAGGUGCAAGGAUUGAGCCUUUUCCCCAUCAUGCUUUUUUUUUUUCUGUUUUUAUUUUUUAUUUUUUUUACAACUCAGCGUUCUUUUGAUCGUUCGGACCACCAGGAUUCCGACCCUUAAAUGACAAAGAAGUGUUAAGGAAUCACCCUUUAAUUAAAAAAUAAUAAUAAUAUGUGAAUGAGCAGUUUGGUAUCCAUCAUAGAUACAGCUUCACAGAUCAAACUAGGAAUUUUGAAGUGCUAAUGUGCAUGCCAGUUAGCAAAUCAGCCUGCUAAAGGAUGCUGACAUGAUCAGAUAGGCUAGUCUACCAUAUCAUUGUAAUACCGUAUCUGACACCAAAAAGAAAUAAUAGUCUUGUGAUGGUUCUCAAGAUUACUCCUAAAACGAACCACUGCGCUCAUAUCAUUAUCAAGCAACAUGCAAAUACCAGUCCAUACUGAAAGAAAUAUAGAUGUAUCUCAGCAGACGAACCCUAAGAGUUAGCAACCUGCUACCACGUCAGUGAGUGGCGACAAAGCAGAACACAAGGUCCUGAUUUUCUCAGGAGAAACUACAUCCUGGAACUCCAGCAGUGUCUUCUCCUGAGGUAAAGAAAACCAACAAAGUAAGCUAAGUAAGUGAAUGUGAAAAAUAUUUUUUUAUUUAGUUUUUAUUUAUGUUUACAUGUUUCUUUCGAGGAUGUCAGUAGCACAGUGAUAGCAGUAAAAGAAGGUAACUGAAAACACUCUACAGUGUCGGAGAGGGGAAGCUGACCAGAUGCUUUUAAGCAGGCAUUCGUUUAAAGUUAAAUGUUUUGAUUCUUUUGUAUUUUCUUUUUACUCAGAGACAAUAC